UAUGACUUCAAAUUAUAAAGAUUUGUACAAAAAGAGCGUGGAUGUUGGCGAGCAGCAAAAACUACGUCAACUGCAACUGCUGCAUGAACAAAAGCAGCGACGUCAACUGCAGCAGGACGCGUCGCGGAACGUGCCCGACUCAAACGAAGAAGAUGAGGAAGAGGAGGCGCCAGAGGAAACUCCAACGCACAGCAAAGCAACACGUAAACAACGCAGAAAGCGUGCAACUAACAAUAAUAAUAACAAUCCUAAAAAAGGACAACACUUUAAGUUGCAACAAUCUGAGUGGCUGCGUCAUCGACCAGAGAACCUGUGUGAUUGGCUGCUGUUGCCGUGUCCAGUAGGAAAGCGUUGUCUGGUUAUUGCCACAAAUGGACGCACCAAGGUGCACAACAAAGCGGGUAGAAUCAUCAUGCAACUGCGAACAUUGUUGCCGGGAGAUGCUCACAUGCAGAAAUGUAAAACUGUCCUGGAUUGUGUGUAUGUGCCGGAGGUGGACACUUUCUAUGUGCUGGAUGCAAUCUCAUUUGGCCAACAGCAACUUCUGGAUUGCGAGGCCAACUUCCGCUUCUUUUGGUUGCGCUCACGCUUCGAUGAGCACGGAGAGUUGAGUGAGGUUAGCAAACGCAAUGAGAAACCAUUUAAGCUGCUAGCUUACUACGACUUUGAGGAUGCAAAUGCUGUGGAUCAGGUGCUGCAAAGGCAUCCGCAGUGGGAGGAAAAUCAGCCACAACUAGAUGGCAUGCUCUUCUACCACAAGGAGGCAAGUUACACCUGUGGCACAACCCCGUUGGUCUGUUGGCUAUUUGCUUAUAUGCUGCCCGAUGUGCUGGAUCUGCCUGUAAAUUCCAGUUAUAUACCGCCGGAGGAUUAUCAGCCAAGUACAGCGCUUACUUAUAUGGAUGAAUUCGACAAAAAGUUGCUGGCACAGAGGCAACAGCAAAAAGUGCGUGGAAAGGUUGCUGAACCCGCGAAAGAAGAAGCUGCUGCUGCUGCUGGCAUGGACCAAGGACAGGAGGAUGAGCUUGAGGAAUAUGCCGAGUUGCGCAGUCUAUUGGAUUACCAGCGACGUCUGGAGCUGGGUGAAUUGGACAUGGAUUGCACCCCAGCCGCAUCAGCUGUCGGCAGCAGCUGCUGAGCGGCUGCCAAUGCUGCCAUGGCUUUUGGGGGGUUGGAGUUCAGGUGGUGGCUCUUCAGCGCAUGCGUCUUGCACACUUUAGUCCCUGGGCCAGCAGGCAGCCCAGAAAAACCCCAGCCACUUGAACAAACGCAGCGAAAAUUAAUGCACACACUAAA